CGGCGACUGUAGGGCUACGCAUAAGGAGUACUGCUAACUGGAGAACAACGGAGGACGGGGAAGCGUCUGGAACGCAGUGCAGACUCGUCUGAUUAGGCCAGGUACCCAUGUGACUCGUCGGAGCCAAUCGGAGGUUCCACCUGUACCUACAGGAAGCAAACAUUACAACAGAUCACUCCAAGACACUCUCUACAAAGCUGGGGGAUGGCUGUGAACGUGUACUCCACGUCUGUGACCAUCGAUAACCUGAGUCGACACGAUAUGCUGGCAUGGGUCAACGACUCCCUGCAGCUCAGCUACACCAAGAUCGAGCAGCUGUGUUCAGGGGCAGCGUACUGCCAGUUCAUGGACAUGCUGUUUCCCGGCUGCGUCCUGCUGAAGAAGGUCAAGUUCCAGGCCCGGCUGGAGCACGAGUACAUUCACAACUUCAAAGUGCUGCAGGCCGCCUUCAAGAGGAUGAGCGUGGACAAAAUUAUUCCUGUAGAGAAGCUUGUGAAAGGAAAGUUCCAGGACAACUUUGAAUUUGUGCAAUGGUUCAAGAAGUUCUUCGACGCCAACUACGACGGCAAGGAGUACGACCCCCUGCUGGCGAGGCAGGGCCAGGACAUGACCCCGGCCCCCAAUCCAGGACUGCCUCAGCGGACAUCCCCGACAGUGCCCAAGAACAUGCCCACCCCACAGAGGGCCCUCAACUCCACCCCUUCCACAGGCAUGAGGAAGAACCCGCCCGUGGCCCGCAACGGGGGCAGUGACGCCGAGAUUAUGGAGCUCAAUCAGCAGCUAAUGGAGCUGAAACUCACAGUGGAUGGGCUGGAGAAGGAGAGAGACUUCUACUUCAGCAAGCUACGAGACAUCGAGCUGAUCUGCCAGGAACACGAAAGCGAGAACAACCCCAUCAUCACCAAGAUCAUCGACAUUCUGUACGCCACAGAGGAUGGCUUUGCGCCGCCAGACGACGAGGACAUCGACGAACAGCCACAUUUUGACCAGGAUGAAUACUAAAUACCUGCUUAUCUCCUCCUCCUCUAUCUGUCUCCUCCCUCUGUUUUCCCGAAUCUCUCUCAUCAUGUCCUCUGCACGCUCUACCCCUUUCUCUAUUAAUCUCACCCUCUCCGUCACCACCCCUUGGCCGUCUACAUGCACCACAUAGAAACUUCCUUAUUUGAGCAGUCUUUUAACCCCGCCCCUUGCUCCACCCCCCCACUCCUCCAUCCAGCCAAUAACAGACUAGCAACACAGUUGUGACGUUUCAGCAUGGUGUUUGAAAUGAAGAAUGAAAACAAAACAAAAAACAAAAAAAACAAAAAACAAAAAAGUGACGUAUGUGGGGGUAAGUCAGCGGGCUAAGCUGUGAAUAUUCUGACUAAAAGAGAUUUUUUUUUGAAAACCUCUUCCCUCCAAUUGACCCACGAGUGUAGACACUCACUCGUCUGAGAUUCCUGUGCGUUUCCUCAACUCUGUUCAGACCUCUAAAGAAUUGGAAACAUCUCUACCUUUAUUUGGACUCUCACAACCCCAUGCUGGGGCAGCAGCGUGAUGUAGUGGUUAGAGAACCUGGGCCAGAAGGUUUCAGGUUCUAAUCCUGGCUAUUCACUGCUGUUCUAUCCUUGAGCAAGGUACUUAACCUUAAAUUGCUUCAAUAACUAUCCAGCUGUAUAAAUGGGUAAUCUGUAAAAUAUCAUGAAUGUGACAAGAUGUCAAUCUCUCAUGGACAAGGUAUAAGAAAAUUCCAAUGCUACAAAAUGCCCCAUCUUCAUAAUCAAAUCAGCUGCCCCCAGCCAGUUGUCUAGCAUCGGAGACUGUAUUAUACACAACCAAACAAACAAAAAAAAGCUACAAAAGA